AGGUGUGGGUUCAUAUUGGUCCCUGUUCGCCUCUUGGUUUGUUGAAUUCUGUUUGCAAGACGGCGGCUGCUCGCAAUCUUAAGAAUGUGGAGAUGACCCAUAUGCUGACCUUAGGAGAAGCUCCGUACACCAAUCCGGAGUUUGACGGUAUUUUCAACACUCGCAACCUGUUUGUGGGUGGAAACACGCGAAAGGCCGUCAACCGCGGUCAGAACGACUACGUUCCUAUCUUCUUCGGAGAAGUCCCCGAGUUCCUCCGCAGCGGACGCUAUCAUCUCAAUGUGUGUCUUCUUCAGCUGUCCCCUCCCGACGAGCACGGUUUCUGCACGCUGGGAGCGAGUAUCGACUGCACGCGCGCGGCGGCGGAGUGCGCGGACGUGGUGGUGGCGGAAAUCAACUCGCAGAUGCCUCGCUGCUAUGGCGACAGCCUGAUCCACAUGAGCCACUUAGACAAGGUGGUGUACGUGGACCGUCCGAUCCCGAAAUACGUGCUUCCGGAGCAGGACGAAGUGCAGAUGCGGAUCGGCAAACUGAUCGCUGACAACUUGGUGGAGGACGGAUCGACGCUGCAGGCGGGCAUCGGCGUGAUCCCCGACUCGGUGAUGGCGAAUCUGAAGGGACACAAAGGGCUGGGCGUGCACAGCGAGAUGUUCUCGGACGGAAUGAUCGACCUCAUCCAGUCCGGCGCGAUCACCAACGAGUUCAAGCCGCUGGAUCGCGGAUGCUCGACGACGUGCUUCGUGAUGGGCACGGAGAAGACGUACAAGUUCGUGCACAACAACCCGUCGAUUCAGAUCCGCGACGUGGGAUUCACGAACGAUCCCUUCGUGAUCGCGCAGAUGCCCAAGAUGGUGGCGAUCAACUCGGCGAUCGAGAUCGAUCUGACCGGACAGAUCGUGAGCGGAUCGAUCGGCUCGCGGAUCUUCUCGGGCUUCGGCGGACAGGUCGAUUUCAUUUAUGGAGCGUCGAGAUCGAAGGGCGGAAAGCCGAUCAUCGCGAUGCCGUCAACGACGAAGAAGGGAGAGAGCAAGAUCGUGGGCUUCUUGAAGCAGGGAGCCGGUGUGGUCACAACGCGAGCGCAUGUGCGGUUUGUGGUCACGGAGUACGGAAUUGCGGACUUGUACGGAAAGUCGCUCAGAGAGAGAGCGAGAGCGCUGAUCGAUAUUGCGCAUCCCAAGCACAGAGAGAGUUUGGAGAAGACCGCGCGGGAGCAGCUCGGACUUCGGUUGUAA